AUGUCCAGCACCACCGUGGAACCGGCAGCCGUCAAGGUCCAGCCAGACCAGGCUGAUGACCCCCACCAAUACGACUACAGCCGGCUUACGCCCUACGAGCACCCACCUGAGACCAAGGCCGACCUUCCCUGGGCCGAGCUCGUCACGCUCGACCUGGAAGACUACGCGCGACCGGGUGGCAAGGAGCGACUGGCCCAACAACUCGAGCACGCCGUGCACGACGUCGGCUUCUUCUAUGUGAAGAACUUCGGCCUCACGCAGACACAAAUAGACCAACAAUUCACGCUGGCCAAGAAUUUCUUCGACCUGCCCGUGGCGGAGAAGGAGAAGUACGAGAUCAACUACGCGGCCGCGGACUACAACGGCUGGCGCCGACCGGGCCGAUACCUGCAAGGCAACGCCAAGGACAACGUGGAGAUCUACAACUUCGCCAAGUUCACGCCCGACUUCGCGGGCAAGUACGACCAGCCGGCGCUGCUGAAGGCGCACCUUUCCGAGAUCGAGCACUUCCACCGCACGCUGCACGCCAACGUCGUGCUGCCGCUGUUGCGCCUGUUCGCCAUCAUCCUGCGCCUGCCGGACGAGGACUACCUGGCCCGACAGCACACGUACGACAAGAAAUCCGAGGACCACAUGCGCUACAUGCUGUACUACCCACGCAGCGAGGAGGAGUGGAAGGCCAGCAACUACGGCAAAGGCGGCGGCCACACCGACCUGGGCUCCGUGACGCUCUUGUUCCGCCAGCCCGUCGCAGGACUGCAGAUCCUCGGCGACACCGACGGCGAGUGGCGCUACGUCGCCGCGCAGCCCGGUACCAUCACCGUCAACCUGGCCGACACGUUGGCGCACUUGACGGGCGGAUGGCUGAAGAGUUCGGUGCACCGGGUCGUUGCGCCGCCCGAGGACCAACGCCAGUACAAGAGGACGGGGCUGCUGUACUUUGCCCGUCCGCAUAAUGAUACGGUGUUGGUGCCGAUCACGGACUCGCCAGUUCUUCGCGAAGCUGGCGUGGAGCCCAGGUUCGAUCAACCGGUGACAAUGGCGGAGUACGUCAAAGCCAAGCAGUUGCUUCAACUCAAUCCAGACAUCGCAGCGAAGAGAUGGGCAGAAAAGGGCGACGGGACCGUCGAGGUGCUCGCUGGCUUCCACGACAGGAAGUAUAAGGAGUAA